UCCCACGCAAACGCUCAGCGCCCGUUUACUCCAUAACCGCCUCUUCUAGCGCUUGACUGCCACUCUCAUAUUAAUCGAGCUUCUGGCCCCGAGCCACCUGCAUCCCCCGCCUCACCUCCACCCCAUCCAACACUAUCCUCAACCCACUCCACAGAGCAACCGCCAACAUGAAGAUCACGUUCAAGGACCUCAAGCAGAACAAGUUUGUCAUUGAAGCUGAGCCAUCGGAGACGGUACGCGGACCAGCCAUGAUUCCAGACGUGUACUGUAACGCUUGGCUAACACCGCGACAGAUCGGCCAGCUCAAGGCCAAGAUUCAGGCAGACAAGGGCUGGGAGGUGCCCCAGCAGAAGCUGAUCUAUUCUGGCAAGAUUCUUCAGGACGCCAACACCAUCGAGUCGUACAGCAUCGAGGAGAAGGGCUUCAUUGUGUGCAUGGUCUCAAAGCCUAAGCAGCCCGCCGCCUCAUCAAGUAAAGCCCCCUCCACACCCGCCAAAGCGGUACCCCAGACCCCCGCAGCUCCAUCAGCACCCAUUGCAUCAGCGCCAUCCGCCAGCACGCAGAAUGCGCCAGCUACACCCUCGCCUGCGCCAGCUCAGCAGGCGGCGUCGGACGGCACCCGUUUCAACGACCCCUCAGCCCUGACCAUGGGUAACGAGCGCGAGGCUGCAGUCGCCAACAUGGAGAGCAUGGGUUUCGCGAGGGCAGACAUUGACCGAGCUAUGCGCGCCGCCUUCUUCAACCCCGACCGCGCGGUCGAGUAUCUCCUGACGGGUAUUCCUGAGAACGCACAGCAAGAACAAGCACAACAACCCCAGGCACGUGCUCCGACUUCCCCCCAGCCUGCUGCCGGAGGCAACGCAGGUGCGACCGCCGCCCCCACCGGAGGAGAUGAGCCAAUAAAUCUGUUCGAGGCCGCUGCUCAGGCUGGCCAGGGACGUGGAGGAGCGGCUGCUGGCGCUCGCUCAGGUAGCACAGGAGCUGGUGCUACGGGUGCGCUCAACGCUAACAGCUUGGACUUCCUGCGCAACAACCCACAAUUUCAGCAGCUACGACAGGUUGUACAACAGCAACCGCAGAUGCUUGAGCCUAUCCUGCAGCAAGUUGGCGCCGGGAAUCCUCAGUUGGCCCAGAUGAUCGCUGGAAACCCUGAGCAGUUCUUGCAGUUGCUUGCCGAGGAUGCCGAUGAUGACCAGCCGCUGCCACCUGGUGCACAGGCCAUCUCCGUCACCGAAGAAGAGCGCGAGGCUAUUGAGCGCCUAUGUCGCCUUGGUUUCGAGCGCGACCUUGUCAUCCAGGCUUAUUUCGCAUGUGACAAGAACGAGGAACUGGCCGCCAAUUUCCUCUUUGACCAACCCGAGGACCUAGAUGAACAAUAGUUGCUCUCGAGUCAACCUGUGGAACCGCUGUCCAACAUGACCAUACCCGACUUCGUUAUAUCUCCGUCUGAUGUCAUCACUACCAUGGUACGAUCGUUCUCCUCGAAAUUGAACGGCACAUUCCUCGAAUUUAUUCCAUCUGCUCAGUUCUGGCGCUUCCAAGCGUCCAGGCAAGGAUGCAGGUAGCAGCUACCUCAUGCU